AUGGACAACAAAGGAAAAUGUGUCCUCACAUUAAUUCCCUUUCUAUCUACUCUAUUUAUCUUCCUCUCCAUAUCUAAUUAUCUUAUUCUUUUCCCUCCAUCUUUCACCGUCUAAUUCGCCGGAACUCUAGUCCGUUGCCUGAAUAUAUCGUUUCCUCUCAUUCUCCUCAUCCCCUUCUCUCCAUUUGCGCAAUCAAAAUCCCAUCUAUUUCUCUUCCGUUUGUGACAUUGGCGUUGAUUUGAUUGAGGCCAAGUGUUCGAAGUGGCUUGGUUUUUGCAUCGGUGAAUGGUCAAUGGAGGGAGGUUAGGUAGCAUUACAAGAUUUCAUUCUUCUGCGGAUUCGUUCUGAAUCUUGUGGAGAGUUGAGAGGGAGAAGGAGAGAUGGCCCUCAUUCGGAGAGUGUCAUCGAGCUUCCCUCGAGUUUUUGGGUUAACGAAUAGGUCCUUGAAUUCUUUGAAUUCUCCGGGGGAGUCCUUGGAUUUACCGACCUCUUCUUCUUUCGCUCAUGGAAUCCAUGUCUUCCAUUGUCCUGAUGCCGUGGGAAUUGUUGCCAAGCUAUCAGAAUGUAUAGCUUCCAAAGGGGGAAACAUACUCGGCGCCGAUAUUUUUGUCCCUGAAAACAAGAAUGUCUUCUAUUCCCGAAGCCAGUUCCUUUUUGAUCCUUGUAAAUGGCCAAGGAUGCAAAUGGAUGAAGACUUCCUUAAGAUUUCAAAAACAUUCAAUGCUUGGAAAUCUGUUGUCCGGGUACCAGAUCAAGACCCCAAAUAUAAAAUUGCAAUUUUUGCUUCAAAACAGGAUCAUUGUCUGGUUGACUUACUUCAUCAAUGGCAAGGAGGGAAACUUCCAGUGGAAAUAACAUGUGUUAUAAGUAAUCAUGAUAGAGACCCCAACACCCAUGUGAUGCGCUUUCUUGAAAGGCAUGGUAUUGCUUAUCAUUAUUUGCACACAUACAAUGAUAAUAAAAGAGAAGGAGAGAUAUUGGAAUUGGUGAAGAAUACCGAUUUUUUAGUACUUGCCAGGUACAUGCAGGUAUUAUCUGGUGAUUUCUUGAGGAGUUAUGGGAAUGAUGUAAUCAACAUCCACCAUGGCCUUCUGCCUUCAUUCAAGGGCAGUAAUCCUUCAAAGCAGGCAUUUAAUGCUGGCGUGAAGUUAAUUGGUGCUACAAGCCAUUUUGUGACGGAAGAACUUGAUGCAGGACCAAUCAUUGAACAGAUGGUUGAGAGGGUUUCCCACAGAGAUAAUUUGCAGAGUUUUGUACAGAAGUCAGAGAACCUAGAAAAGCAAUGUCUAACAAAUGCAAUUAGAUCAUACUGUGAACUGCGCGUUUUGCCAUAUGAGGAAAACAGGACUGUUGUCUUUUAAGAGGAAAAGGAUGCAUCCAUUUGAAGUAUGUCAAGUGCAUUUCUUCUUCUGCUCAUUUAAUUUUUCCAUCAACAUACUCUUGUUGAUAUAAUUUCUAUUACUGAAUGCAAUUUCAUAUAUAAUACCUCUUCACUCUUCAUUGAUUUGUUUCAAAUCAACUUUCUUAUAAUAAUAAUAAAAAAAAGCUUUUUUCACA